ACUAUCUAAACAGCUGCUGCAACACGUGCCGCUUUAAAAUUGUUUUGGUUUUUGGAUUCAAGGAGCGUUGGAAUCCACUAAUAACACGGUUUAACAAUGAAAAUCCGCAAGAAUCAUGCACGCAAGCGUUACCGCUACAAUGUGAACCGAAAGACGAUGAACAAAACCAGGAGUUCCACCGGAAAAAUCAAGGACCCCAGGAUGAAGAAGAUGUGGAUGGAGGACCAGCGCGUGGGCACCAACUUCAGCGAAAUGGGGUUGGCCAAGGACGUGAACAAGGCCAUUGCGAUUCCAAGCUACAAGAAGGAUAGGCUCCUGGCGGCGAGAGUGGUGAAUGGCUUCCUGGAGGAGGAGCUGGACGAGGACGAGCGGCGGGCACUGGGCCUCAAAAAGCCAGUCGUGGAUGAGGGUCCCAAACGAGGUCACGUCGUCCAGGAACUAGAGCAGCUGGCCAGCGAGCGUGCCGACCCGGAAUUCAGAUUACCCAAGGGCGUGGUCAAGGAGCUCACUUACUUCCUCAACAAGCACAAAUUCAACUACAAGGCCAUGGUCGCCGACCGAAAGAACUUUAACCAGUCCACCUGGCGACAGUUCCGCCUGAAGAUUCGCAGGUUCAUGUCCAUUCCGGAGCAGUUCAACGUUUACCUGGAGCAGCAGAAGCUGCCCGUGGGCGUGAAACCGGAUUGGGAGGAGUACGAGUCGGACAGUGAAUGGAAAUAAAUGCUUCUGACCUUAAAUGUAAUUCUGAUCGGGUUUAUGCUAUUAUUUGUAAUGUUUAGACGUAAUUCUUUAAAUACACAGAAAAAUAGGCAAGUAAA